UGAGCAAGAAAUUCCCGCGCCAGGAGCAGCCAUGUCUCGCCCACCGCCCAUCUCCGCGAUCCAGGCUCUGUCUCCCAGGUGACAAGUGCAUUUGCUCGUUCGAAUUUAAAGACGAGCCAGCCGCCUUCUCUUCCUUCCCUUCUCCUCUACCUCUCAACGAAACGUAACACAAGCGAGCCCUCUAUCAAAGCCACCUAACUCAACUGAACCCAACCAAACCAAACCAAACCAAACCACCCAAAAUGCAACUCAAAUCCUCCCUCCUCCUCACGGCCCUCCUCACCGGCCUCGCCACCGCAACAACCACCACCCCAAGCGACGCCAUCGCCAGCCCCACCCCCGACACCCCCUCCUCCUCCUCCUCCUCCACCCCGGCAGCGGACACCACCCCCACCGACAGCGAGACCACCACACUCGCAACCAGCAUCACCAACCUCCCCUCCCUCAGCAGCAGCGGCAAUGGCAGCGGCAACGGCAGCUCGCAGACGGGAGGGGGCACAACGCGCUCCAGCAGCAACGUGACCAUGACUACGUCGGCCACCCCUACCUCGACGAGCGACGAGGACGAGGACGACCGCCCCAACACCAGGACCAGGACGGGCACCCGCCCGCCGAACACGCCGACGGCUAUCAAUGCGGCUGCUACGCCGGCUGCGGGGCCGGCGGCGUUGGGGCUGGCUGUGCUGGGGUUGGCGGCUUUUGCUGGGUUGGGGCUUUAGAUGGGGGUUGGGGAUUUCGGGGGGUGUGGUGUGGUGUGGUACCCGACUCCGGGCGGGGGGUGUGGGGAUGGUAUUCUAGGCGUGGUAGUGCGGUUGGUAUGUGAGAUGGGAGAGUUGGUAUGGAACGAGAGGUUGGGGUUGAGGAGGGGCGGGUUGUUGGAAUGAGAGGGUGGUGAUGCCGUUUCUU